UUAAGAAAAUUCCAAGGAAAAGACAACCCCAUUUUAAAAUUCCCACCUCUGGCUCCCAAGGAUUGGGUUGCAAACUUCGACAAAUUACUCUCCUCCACUCCCUAUUGGUGAUUGCUCUAUCAUUCAUUCUUCUGCCUGGAGUUUUGUACGGAAGCCGUUGCUGCUGUAAUUUAGUUUGGGACUGCCCAGCUUUACACUUUUUCAUGGUUAUCAAUCUGUACAGAGCAUCACCGAACUGAUACGGCGGAGCCAAACUGGCAAAUCAGGCUGCCAAGACAACUGUGUAAUUCGCUCGAAAAAGAAAUGGAGAGCCUCUCAAGCCGCCUCGGUAAACUGACAAAGAAUUUUACGAUGUAGCUGGAGACUUGAGAGUUAAAGAAACUUUUCCGGUUUUUUGCUAUUUUUAAAGGAGUAAGUGUCAAAGGAAAAACAGAGAAAAUACAAGCACAAUCUAAGGGUGGAAGGAAGAAGAGUUUUCAGAGGGUGUUUUCUCUUUAGCGUGAGGAUGGAAAGCAUCAUCCCCAGAUUAUCGGAUUUUUAAAAGACAAUGUAUGUACAAAUAUGCAAGAAUCACAGGAAACCCACAUAUCUAACCACCUAGAUGAAGUUGUUGCUGCUGUCAGCAUCACUCCUAGAAAGAAGACCCAAAACAAGCUGCCUCAGACAAUGCUGUUCCAGCCUCCUCGAGAGAAACUCCACCUCUGUGAAGAGAAAGCGAAGUCCUACACCAACAGCCAUGAAUAUAAACAGGCUAUCCACGAGCUUGUGCGUUGCGUAGCACUGACGAGAAUUUGCUAUGGUGACUUGCAUUGGAAACUAGCAGAGGCACAUGUUAAUCUGGCUCAAGGCUACCUCCAGCUGAAAGGACUGUCACUGCAAGCAAAACAACAUGUAGAAAAAGCCAAAGAAAUCCUCACCGCCUCCAUUGUGCCUCCCUAUAAUGACAAUACAGAUGUUUUCAAGUUUUCCAUUGAGCUUUUCCAUACCAUGGGAAGAGUCUUCCUCUCCCUCCAAAAAUUCAAGGAAGCUUCAGAAAAUUUGGCAAAAGCAGAGAGACUUUCAAAGGAGCUGCUACAAUGUGGAAGGAUUAUAAAGGAAGAAUGGAUAGAAAUUCAAGCGCGGAUCAAACUGUCAUUUGCACAGGUGUAUCGAGGUCAGACGAAAUCAAAAGAAGCUUUGCCCCACUAUCAAGAGGCUUUAAAAUAUGUUGAGAUCAGCAAAGGUGAAAAAAGUCUUGAGUGUGUACCAGUAUUGAGGGAAUUAGCAGGUGUAGAACAAGCCCUGGGAUUCUAUGACACAGCCAUCCACCAUUUCCUACAGGCACAUCUCAUCGUCCUGAGUAGAAGAUCCUCUCAAGAGGAGGCAGCAGACUCCGCACACCUUGUCGCCCAUGCUGCCCUUGCUUCUGGGAGGCCCGAGCACCAUGAUGUGGUUGAGCAGUAUUUUCAAGAGAGCAUGACUCAUCUUAAGGAUUCUGAAGGGCAGGGAAGAGCCAAAUUUCUUUCAAUUCAAGAUGAAUUUUGUCAUUUUCUACAAAUGACCGGACAAAAAGAGAGAGCAACCUCAAUCCUGAAAGAGUCCCUGGAAGCCAAAGUGGGAGCAUUUGGCGAUUUCAGUCCCGAGGUGGCAGAGACAUACCGGUUCCUGAGUGGGGCAGACCUGGUGCAGGGGAACCACAGUGGGGCCCACAGGAAACUGAAGAAGUGUCUUCAGAUUCAGACCCUCUUAUACGGAGCACAGGACAAGAGGACUCUGGCCACACAGCAGACCGUGGACUUCCUGUCCAAGGCCCCUGAGGUCGCCAUGAAGCCAGGGCAGGCUGAAAAAGCCAAAGUGGCCUUCUGUACCAGCGUCCCUCGGCACACCAUGCUGGGGAAAGCCAGGCCCAACGCAGCAGACUGAGACGCCCCUCGCCCCAAAGCAAGCCUUGGGCAGGACUGGGCACUGCCAUUUAGGGUGCUGUACAAAUCUUUCUCCAACUACAAGAUGGAAUUCCACAGUCAGGGUACAGAUUUUCAAGGCCAACCAUUUGCUCCAACAUGCAAGUGACACCAUAAACCUUUCAUGGGCCACAUUUUGACAGUGGACGCCCUUCAGGGUGAUCUGGCACUUCUAUAAAGCAUUUUUAUUUUUAUCACCUAAGUAGUUCUUCUUGCCAACAAGAAUUUUUACCCAUCAGCACUACCAUGGCUGAAAGACUUCUUUUCAAAAGUUGUGCAGGAAAGUAGAGUUGGCAUUUGAUUGUAUACAUAGUUCCUUGCAUAGGUCUGGAGUCAGGUUUAGAACAGUAAAAUUCUGGGAAAAGCCCUUUCUUACAGAAACCUAAUAAGAAUUGAGAAUAAAAUGAGAAUGAGAUGCUAAUAAAGGGAAACUUGGAAGUGCUGGUGCCAGUAUGUGUUCUUAAAAUGAAGCCUGCCUCAGAGAUCCUCAGAAACGGCUUCCUUCAUUUCUGCGCUCGGUCACUCUGAAUUUUUUCUUGGGCGCUUAGCAUAUACCAGGCAUGUGCUAAGAACUGGGGACAUGGGGUUGCCAUCCAGCAUGGCACUAGGUAUUGAACGAAGGCUGGUGGGAUCGGUGGGUGGCAGUGGUAGCACCUGCGAACAAAAAGAGCCGAGUAGGAUGGGGCAGGUGGCCAGUGCUCCCGGCUUGGCCCAGGGGCCAGGCGAGGCAGGUGUAGGGGAGUGAGAAGAAAAGCAGGCAGGAGUCGGGCUUCCCAAAACAGGAGGCUCCAUGGGUGAUGCUGACUCCCAACUGCUUUGCAUUCUUCCUGUGGCCUCCGCUCCAAGGUAGGACUAACACAGCCACUGCCCUAGAGCUGCUUCUUGAGUG